CCCAUCACCUCCUCCCCCGUCUCCUUCCCUCCCCCACCGCUACCACCGCGUCCUCAAUGCCUCUCUGAACGACGUCUAGGGAGAGCGCGUGAGGAGGAGACCCGCGGAGGCAAAAAAAAAGAGAGAGAAAGAAGAAGAUGAGGAUUAUUUGCAGACAGCUAGUCUUGUUGUUUUCUGGCUUUUGGGGACUCGCAAUGGGCGCUUUUCCUAGCAGCGUGCAAAUAGGUGGCCUCUUCAUCAGAAACACAGAUCAGGAAUAUACUGCUUUUCGGCUAGCAAUUUUUCUUCACAACACCAGUCCCAAUGCAUCUGAAGCACCUUUUACUUUGGUCCCUCACGUAGACAACAUUGAAACAGCAAACAGCUUCGCUGUAACAAAUGCCUUCUGCUCCCAGUACUCAAGAGGAGUUUUUGCCAUUUUUGGACUGUAUGAUAAAAGAUCAGUACAUACUUUGACCUCAUUCUGCAGCGCUUUGCACAUCUCUCUCAUCACACCGAGUUUCCCCACUGAGGGUGAGAGCCAGUUUGUUCUGCAGCUGAGGCCUUCCUUACAAGGAGCGCUGCUAAGUGUGCUGGGCCAUUAUAAAUGGAAUCGCUUCGUCUUCCUUUAUGAUACAGAUAGAGGUUACUCAAUACUUCAAGCUAUUAUGGAAACAGCGGGAGAAAAAAGCUGGCAAGUCAGCGCCAUUUGUGUGGAGAAUUUUAAUGAUGCAAGCUACAGGCAGCUUUUAGAAGACUUGGACCGAAGGCAGGAAAAGAAAUUUGUGAUAGAUUGUGAAAUAGAGAGGCUUCAGAAUCUCUUAGAACAGAUUGUAAGUGUUGGCAAACAUGUUAAAGGCUAUCAUUAUAUUCUUGCAAACCUGGGAUUCAAAGACAUUUCUUUGGAAAGGUUUAUGCAUGGAGGAGCCAAUGUCACCGGGUUUCAGCUGGUGGACUUCAGUACACCUAUGGUUGCAAAACUGAUGCAACGGUGGAAGAAACUGGAUCAGAGAGAAUACCCAGGAUCAGAGACUCCUCCUAAAUAUACCUCCGCUCUGACCUAUGAUGGGGUGCUUGUGAUGGCUGAGACUUUCCGUAAUCUUCGGAGGCAGAAGAUUGAUAUUUCUCGAAGAGGAAAUGCUGGAGAUUGCCUUGCAAAUCCGGCUGCACCCUGGAGCCAAGGAAUUGACAUGGAGAGAACGUUGAAACAGGUUCGAAUACAAGGACUGACAGGAAAUGUUCAGUUUGACCACUAUGGCCGCAGAGUCAACUAUUCUAUGGAUGUGUUUGAACUAAAGACCACUGGCCCUCGAAAGAUUGGUUACUGGAACGAUAUGGAUAAAUUGGUAUUGAUUCAGCAUGAGCCUACAAUGGGAAAUGACACGUCAGGUCUUGAGAACAGAACAGUAAUUGUAACUACAAUUAUGCCUCUGAUGAAGAAUCCUAUUUUAAGAAAUUGAUCAAAGAAGAAAAGAAUCCCACGCUGCUGUGAACAUUCCUAAAUAAGAGUCAACUAUUAAGCUCCAGUGUAGUAGCACUGAGAUAUAUUUUCCCAUAUGGAUUUCUGAUCCUCUGACUGGAUGACCAGGCAUUGAACCAUCAAGGAGGAAAAAAGCACUGUGACUAUUCUGAAAUGCCUGAAACAGAGGGCAUUCAAUCUUCAACUUGGCCAAGAUAUGAAGAAAAUGAUGGGGAUUUCAAGGCUCUCUCAAUUGAAACAUUCCUCUUGAAACCAGUCUUUAAACUGAGGCUUCUAUACAUGUACAGUGUAAAUUAUUGUAAAGUAUUUCCAAGUUUAGGAGUGAUGCCUGUCAAAAACAAAAGGAAGAAGAAAAAGAAAAAGAGGAGAGGAGCUGUUUAAAGUGUCUGUCUUGUCUGACGUAAAACGUUUUGAUGUGCAUAAUAAAUGUUAUCUCUGCAGAAGAACUCAGCAAGUUCUGAGAUGGAUAUUUUCAUUUUCCAGACUAAAGACCUGAAUGAAUUUUAUGUAGCAUGUCAUCCUGCAGCAUGCUAGUCCAAAGUUAAACAAAACUGUUAAAGAGAUAAUUGUAUUGCAGUUUUUAUGGUGUUCACUUUCUCUCCUUGUAGUCCUGAUACAACAACUGUCAUUGGUGUCAUAUGAUGCCCAGAAUCUUGUUGCUUAGUGUAGUAAAUCUCACUUGAGUAGGCUUAUUGAAGCAAUGGGGAUUUGGUGAGCUCCUCCAUAAAUUAUCAACUCCUCCAUAAAUUCUGUUGAUUCGAAUGGAUCUAAUUGUGACUUAAAGUUGCCAUUAGAAUAAGAUCAUUUGAAGAGAGCUAAUAGGGCAGUUGACUCACCAAAUCCCCAUUGAUUUAGUGGCCCUACAGUAGCCUGAUUUUCUAUGCUAAGUAACAGGAUUUUCUCGAAAGGUUUCAUGGCUGGGAUCCAAUAGUUGUAGGUUUUUCAGGCAGUUCUUAGGGUUCUCCCCUCAAGAGCACAGCCAGACAGCCCGAAAAACCUACAGCAACCAACAAGAUUUUGUCUAAACUGCUUUCCAUUCAAACAAUGGAUUUUGAACAGUUCCUCUCCACAAGUAAUCCAACAGCUCUAAAUUAUAGACUCUGAUCACAAUAGAACAGAAAUAUUUGUUGCUUUCUAACAUGUUCUAAAUAGAUAGGGAAGGUUUUCCUUCCAUGGACCAAAGGCGCUUCUUCUAGUUGAAGGUGAUCUCAUCCAGAAAGAUCCCUUUUGGUUACGGAGUGUCUCCUGCUGCUGGCAAAAUAAUGCCUUCUGUUGAGGGAAAGAAACCUUUGAAAAGAUGGUAGAGAAGGUGAGCAUAGGACAUCCCUGGCAUCGGACAUACUAGGCAAUAGCACACCACUUCAUAUAUACACUGACCUUCAACAGACCAAAGUGACAGUAAUAUUCCCAAGCGAUUCUGUUUUCUCUACUCUAAAGUUAAAUUUAUGUUGUUAUCUGCUGGUGCUGAAACAAUUUGACACAUCUGUGCAACUGGACUAUAGAAUACAGUCUGAACUUGCUUCUUUCCUAUAUGAUUAACAUAAUAUAUAAACUUUGAAUACAUGUGUACACAGGGUUUGGGUUUUUUCCAGUGACCACUGCAGUCUGAAUAAUCCUGAAAACUGCAAAGAGCAGCUCUAUGUUUGGUUUGUUUGUAUGCUCAUCCUAAAUCUAAUUUAAUGGAUUCCCCAUUAUCUUCUCCAGGAAGAAUCUGGAAUAAACAAGCAAAUGUGCAACUAUAUCCCUACAUAAUGAAACAAAGUUAAUCAAUUGGAUCAUGCUCCUUUAGUAGACAGUCAUGAAGUUUCCUAGAUGUUAAACUGGUUCCUCCUUUAUGUCAGGGUGGGUACCAUGCAGCCUGCAGACUACAUGCAGUCCUUUAGGGGUGUUUGUGUGGCCCUUUGACCCUUGGGCCCCACAGCCCCCAAAGCUGUUUUUAAAGUUGAAUAUUUUUCAUUCAGAAAAUGCCCUUGUGCCUUCUAGGAAGCAAGAAACAAUUUUGCUGUGUUCAGAUGGCUCUCCAAACCCUGGGGCCUCCAUAGCAUCUCAAAAUUAUUUACAUCUUUUAAAAAUAUAUAUUUGUGGCCACUAGAUGAUGCAAGGGAGCUUUUUCAAUUUAAAACUCCAUUUUUCACUUAGGAAAGCCCACUGUAGCAACCUUUACAAAAUAAUAUAUAAAUAGAAUAUGCAAAUUAGCCUUUUAGCCACACUGUCCUCUUGGGGGUGCUUUACACCAGUGGUCCCCAACCUUGGGCCUACAGAUGUUCUUGAACUACAACUCCCAGAAGCCUU